AUGAAUCAAAGAUCUUUAGCACAACAAUUAAGACAUGUACGUGAACAUAAACAGUGUAAAAAUGAACCUAGCAGAAGAGCAGUUGCUCAACAAGAAAGCAGAAAUUAUGAGCAAGAAAUACAAGUGCAAGAAAAUGAAUUUAAUAGAAGAGCUAACACAUACCAACAAAAAGAAAUCGUGAAAGAGCAGAGAAUUCAGUAA